UUAUCAUCAACAUCACAUCAUUAUCAUUGAAGCAAAUCAACCAAAAAAAACCGAAAAAUAUCUAAAUCAGAAAAAUACUGAAUUUACCCAAAAAAAAUGGCUAUAUUAACACCACCAAUAUCAUUAUGUCGACGACGACGACGACAACAACAAAACGUUCGAUUACAAUUGAACGGUAGUAGUUUAUCAUCAUCAUUAUCAUCAACAUCAUCAAAAUCAACACAGACACAUCAUUCAAAUAUCAUUAUCACAAAACAACAACAACAGCAACCAUUCUUGUCAUCAUUAUUUUCACUAUCAUCACCACAAUCAUCAUCAUCAUUAUCAUUGUCGUCGUCGUUGUCGUCUUCGUAUAUAUCAUUAUCAUCGGCGUCAAUCAAAUCAUCAUCAUCAUUAUAUAAUAGUCGUCACCCAUAUGGCGCCAAAUGUCAAUCAUUACAACAACAACAAUAUCGACAUCGACAAUUGUCAAUAUUAUCAAUGGUCAAUAAAAUUAUUAUAACAAUAAUAAUAUCAUUAUCAUUAAAUCUAUACAUGUCGCAUUUUUAUCAACAUUCAAAUUUGAUUGUUUAUUCAUGGAAUUGGGAUCAUAAUAUUUCGGAAGAAUUAUUGGAUCGUUUUAUUUGUCUUCGUGCCAAAGGAUUUUUUCCGCACGAACAACGCUGUGAUCAUUUUUAUGAAUGUCGUAAUGCAACAAUUGUAAAUGAAGGAAUUUGUAGGCCUGGACUUCGAUUUGAUUAUCGUUAUAGAAAAAAACCACGUUGUAUACCAUUAGAUCAGAUUGAUUGUCGUAUAACACAAAUUGAUUAUCAAAAUGAAUUUACUAAUAAUAAUGAUGAUUAUCCGGAACCAAAAUUUAUUGGUAAUCAUCGAAUCACAGAAUCAUCAACAACAACAAUGGCAACGACAACAACAACAACAACACCAACGCCAACUACAACAACAAAUUUACCGCCAUUGUUAAAUAUUCAUCGUCAAAUACAUCAUAAUCAAAUACCAUCAUCAUCGACAACAUCUUCAAAUCAUCAUCAUUAUCAUCAUCAUCAUAAUCAUCGAUCAUUACCAUCAUCACCACAAUAUGGUCAUUUUAAUUCAAUGACCACGGCCACUCAUUUUACACCAUCAUCAUCACCUAAUUCAAGACCAAUAUCAACAAUAAUAACAACUUCAGCAAUAACAGCACCAGAAACUACAACAACAUCACCGAUAAUAAUGACACAAACAACAACAACAACAACUGAAUCUCCAAUAUCAAAAUCAUCAUUUCAAAAUAAUGAACAAAAUUUCAAUCGUCAUAAUCAUCAUCAACGUGCAACUUCUUCUAAUGUCGAUACAACAAUGUCACAUUCAAAUAAUAAUGAUAAUAAUGAUGAUGAAAAUUUCCUGAAUAAAAAACGUAAAUUAUUAAAAAAACCAUUAAAAUUACGACGACAACGUUUACAACAAGAUGAAAUUGAUGAUUCUAAUUCGUUGUCAGCUACAAUAUCCGGAACGAUUAAUAACAAUAACAAUAAUAACAACAACAACAACAGUCAUCAUCAUCGACAACAUCAACAGUUACAAACACCGCCACCACGAUUGACCGAACAAAUCCUUACACGAGCAAUUUCAUCGUUAAAUUAUGAUCAAAAUCCAAGUCAACCACGACAAAAAUCGAUUCAUUGUCCACAUCCGAAUGGUUAUUAUCCGGAUCGUGAUGAUUGUCGAAAAUUUUAUGCUUGUGAUGAUGGACGUGCUUUUCUUAUGUCUUGUCCAUUAGGUUUAGCAUAUGAUGAAAUGACCGGUACUUGUUCAUGGCCUGAUAUGGUUGAAGGUUGUCGUAGUGAAGAAAUGCUUCGAUUUAAUUGCCCGGAACCAAAUGAAAAUGAAAUUCUUGAUUAUGGUGAUCCACGUUAUCCAACAAGUGAUUGUCGAAAAUUUGUUGUUUGUAUUCAAUCAGAAAUUCAUGGUGCACGUACACCAAGAUUACUUGGUUGUGAAGAAGGUCUAGUAUUUAAUCCUGAUUCACGUGAAUGUGAUUAUCCCGAAAAUGUACCAAUCUGCUCUAACUAUUAUGAUGGACAUAAAUUUUCACGAAAUCUUAGCCGUAGUAUACAUUCAUCACGUAAAAGAAAAAAUCGUUAUUUAAAUCAUUGAUCAUCAUAUAUCGACAAUGAAAAAUGAAAAAUGAAAAUCAAAUAAAAUGAUUUCUAUUAAUCAUUAAUCAUUAGUUUACCAUCAUUAUGCACAAAUACUAAUACAUUAAGCUUUCUAUGCCAAAGUUAUCGAAUAUAAUGAAUUAAUUAGUUUUUUUUUCUGUUUCUUCACCUAAUUACACAACAUAAUUAAUUGAUUGCAACAAAACAUUUUGUCCAUACUUAUUAUUAUUCAUAUCUCCUUUUAUAUAAUCAAUUUUCAUAUUUUUCCAAAA